AUGGAUCAAUUGGGUGGGAUUCGAGUGAGGUUGAUUUCGCAUAAGAAGAAUACAUCGCAUUUUCUCGAUUCGCUACUACACGAAGAUGAAGACGGAGACGCAAAGGAAGCAGAGGAAGCAGACGGAAAGGGAGAAUUGGAUAUGUUGUUGGAUAAGGUGGAUGAUAUUGCAGCGGAUAGGAGUCGAAGGGUUGGGACUUUACAAAUGAUGGGUUCUGAGAAUGAAGAUGAGGAGGAUACUUUGCAGAUUUGGAAAUGGUUUAGGAGGAAUCUAGUUGAAGAGGGGUUUAAUAGAGUAGUUUUGGAACGGCAUAAGGAUGUUUUAAUUGCAUAUAUACGACAAAUGGAACAAGACGGGCUACUAAUCGAAAAUCCAUCUGCAUCUACACCUCAAACCAGUCCAAGAACUCCUCAUAAAGAACGAUGGGACUCUACACAUUCCGAUUCACCUCAUACACAAGUAGCACCAGCUUCAUUCGAUAAUGCCAAUAUCAAUUUAGGACGCAAUGACUCUGGAGCAAAAGAAAUGAUCCAACGAGAAGACAAUAUAAAAUUCCCUCCAGCGAUGAAAUUCCAAAGACCCAAACCCAAAUCUCUCGUCGACUCAUAUCCAUACCCCGGACAAAAUAUAUCUUCAACUCCUCAUCGACAAUUAUCACCUCCUCUAACUCCCAAAGUCUCAACCACAGAUCUCGAUAUAUCAGAAUCGCAAUGCGGAAAGGAUAUUAACGGCUCAAAAUUAAACUCUGAGGAUGAUACGUCAUUCAUGCAUCAGACGAUGUCACGAUAUCCAGUCAAUUCGAAUCAUAAUAAUACUUCAAUAAUUCAAACCUCGGAUCUUCUUUUGCUUCCUUGCUUCACAACAAGUAAUCCUCAACUUCUUCCACCGUCUUCUCCGGGAAGUUGGAAUUCAAAUUCAAAUUCGUACUCAUAUCCUAAUGAACCUCCCAACAAAAACAUACCAUCACCUCAAUUGGAAACAAUGACACUUCGACCAAAACAUAGCUCGGACCCAGUCCAGAAAUCAUCACCGCGUACAAGUGGUGUUCGAUUCGAUCUUCCUGAUGAAUCAUCAAAAAAUCACAAACCUACACUUAGUAGUGGAAAUAAUCCCCACGAUUCCACCAUUCCAAUUCCCAUUCCUACUUCUAUUUUAAAAUCAAAAAUUGCACCUGAUUCAUCCGGCCACGAAAUUCCUCAAGAUGCAAAAUGGACAAAGGUUAAACGAUCUUUGAUAUCACCAGAAGUAUUGAUGAGAGAUGGGAGAAGAUUCGAAGCUCGACCAGAAUUCGUAGCUAUCUUGGGAAUUCUAACGAAAGAGGAAAUUCAACAAUAUGCUGAGCGCUCGCAUGUUUUGAGAGAAGAGCGUUGGUGGAGAAAUCAUCCCGAGCAGAGAGAAAGAAGGGAGAGAAGGGAAAGAAGUGAAAGAAGUAGAAGACGAAACUCAGAGGAUGAGGAGAGUUCUUCUUGCAGUUCUAAUUCUAGUUCGGAGAUGAGCUCGGAUUCUGAUUCAGAUAUGAAUGAGCAUAGAAGACGUGGUGAGAAAAGAAAUGGGGAUGCAAGAGGAAAAGGUAGAAGAGGUGAUGAAUGGGAAGAGAGGGGAGGAAGAAGAGAAAGAAAAGGAAGAUCGGAAAGAUAUAAUCGCAGAGAAAGAGAUCGUGAAGCAAAUUAUACUUUUGCUCCUCAAUCACAACCCCAACCUCAGCCUCAACAUUUCUCUUCCUCGCCAUAUUCUGCAUCAAAUAAUCCACUUCCAGGAAGAGGUAUGGAUAUACCCGGAAUAAACCAAACACCAAAUGGAUACGCACCUCUGGGUUCUUUUCCUGGACAACAAAAUCAUCCCCAACAAGGAUAUCCACCACCUCCACAACAGCAACCCCCCUAUCCAAUACAAAAUCAAUUUCCUCAACCUCCCUAUCCUCAAGGACAAGGACCUCCCCCACAAAUAAAUCAAAAUCAAUAUCUCUCACCAAAUCCCUACGCUCCUUACUCUACAUCUCCAUCCGGCUCCUCACCUCCCUAUCCUCCUUCACAAAGCACUUCUCCUUACACACAUACAUAUAUACCCAAUCCAUCUCAUCCUUCUUAUCCCCCGCACAAUUCUCGACGCCAUCAUUCGCAUUCUCAUUCUCAUUCACAUUCCCAUUCCCAUUCCCGCUCUCCGCGUUCCCAUUCCCAUCAUUCUCGCUCCCGCCGUUCUCGCGAUUCAGAUCCCCGCUCUUCAGAGCCGCGGAGACAAAAUUCCGGAAACGGCGGAGUACAAAUACAACUUCGGGUACGAGUAAAUGGCGGGAUCAUCUCGCGGCGGCGGGGGGAUAGGUGGGGGUGUUGGGGGGUGCGGCGGCGGGGGUUGUGGGAAGUGUUGAGUGAAGCUGCGGAGGGGUUUUAG